GCCGGCACCAGCUGGGGGCGAGCAGACUUCGAGCAGCCGCCGCCGCCGGUGCAGCCGUUACGAUCGUCUCAGCGGAGUUCAGAGGGCCAGGAGGUGGGAGACUUCCCACACGGUGGCUGAGAUGUCGUCCACCGCGGCUUUUUACCUUCUCUCUACCCUGGGAGGGUACUUGGUGACCUCAUUCUUGUUGCUCAAAUACCCGACCUUGCUGCACCAGAGAAAGAAGCAGCGAUUCCUCAGUAAACACAUCUCUCACCGCGGAGGUGCUGGAGAAAAUUUGGAGAAUACAAUGGCAGCCUUUCAGCAUGCAGUUACAAUUGGAACUGAUAUGCUGGAAUUGGACUGCCAUAUCACGAAAGAUGAGCAAGUUGUGGUGUCACACGACGAGAACCUAAAGAGAUCAACUGGGGUCAAUGUAAACAUCUCUGAUCUCAAGUACUGUGAACUCCCACCUUACCUUGGCAAACUGGACGUCUCAUUUCAAAAAGCAUGCCAGUGUGAAGGAAAAGAUAACCGAAUUCCAUUACUGAAGGAAGUUUUUGAGGCCUUUCCUAACACUCCUAUUAACAUCGAUAUCAAAGUCAACAACAAUUUGCUGAUUAAGAAGGUUUCAGAGUUGGUGAAGGAAUACAGACGAGAACACAUAACAGUGUGGGGUAAUGCCAAUUAUGAAAUUGUAGAAAAGUGCUACAAAGAGAACUCAGAUAUUCCUAUACUCUUCAGUUUACAACGUGUUCUGCUCAUUCUUGGUCUGUUCUUCACUGGCCUCUUGCCCUUUGUGCCCAUUCGAGAACAGUUUUUUGAAAUCCCAAUGCCUUCUAUCAUUUUGAAGUUAAAAGAACCGCACACCAUGUCCAGAAGUCAAAGGUUUCUCAUCUGGCUUUCUGAUAUUUUACUAAUGAGAAAAGCUUUGUUCAACCACCUCACUGCCCGAGGCAUUCAGGUGUAUGUUUGGGUAUUAAAUGAAGAGCAAGAAUACAAAAGAGCUUUUGAUUUGGGAGCAACUGGAGUGAUGACAGACUAUCCAACAAAGCUUAAGGAUUUUUUACAUAAUUUUUCAGAAUAGAAAAGGGGGUACUCAGAAACAUUCAAAGAAAACAUGAAAAGCCCUAAGGAAAAAAAAUUUUUCACCAAUUCCCCAAGCCAUUUCCAAGAAUGGUAAAAGGUUUAAUCAGUUAAGUUUUUAUUACCUCAUUUUUAAGCCUGUCUGAGAAUGUAGAGACUAUAUAUUGUAUAUUUAUUUUAAACAAUAUUGCAUAUUUUACAUUUGUAAAUUGUUUAGAAAGAUAAUUGGUUAUGCGAUGUAUGUAGAAGAUUAUUGAUCAAGAUUUCUGUAUAUGAGGCAGUGUUCUAUUAUAAGUAAUUCUGCAAUCAAAGACUAUGGGGUAAAUUUGACAUUAGCCUUCACUAGAAUAAGAUCAACUAAUUAGUAAAACAAUUGUUGAAGGCCGUUACAGCUAUCUGAGUCACCUUGUUAUCUCUAGGCACAUCUCAGUUAAAGGAGAAAAAGACAGUGGAAGGAGAGCUUGGAAAUCAGUGAUAUAAUUAUCUGACAAGCUGUACAUUGUUGACAGAAGGCAGACUCAAAAGGAAUAACUGAAACUUUAUUACAUGAUUAGAAAUAAAAUCUGUUUCAGUUUCUUGAAUUCAGUUUCUUGGUUUCUGUUGUUAAUAGGGACCUUGUAUUUGGAAUCUUUUUCAGGUGUGUAAUAAUGCUACCAUGUGUUUUGUGUGUGUGUGAACAUUAAAAUUGAACUUAAUAAUUGUGAAUUAAAAUGCAAACAGUCACACUUUUGUUUAUUGUUCUUUAUUCUCAAGAAAUGUAGGUUUUCCAUUUUUGCCAAUGACUAACUGGGCCUACAUCUAGAUUUUACAUAACGUCUUGAAUCCUAAUAAUAAUAUGAAAUUGAUGAAAGUGAGUAUCAUUGUUUUUAAUACUUAUAGUAUAAACCACCUACUCUUGACCUUUUAAGAAUUUAUCCUUCUGAGUAUUAAGUGGAAACAGAAUUUCCCAAAGCAUUAGGCCUCACUUUCUCAGCUCUUCUGAUGUGACUUCAUGUAAACCUGUUUAUAAUCUUUUUGACUUAUUUUCAUUAUCACUUUGGGAGGUGAAUAUAAUCUGGAAUAAUAAAAAUCUUUUACUUAGAUUACAUCUCUCAUUUGGAGUUUGCCAGCUGUGAGCUACGAAGGGUGAUCAUACUCUCCCACCUGUCCCUGGGUGACAUAAAUAACUUUUGUUUGUUUGUUUAAACUGCAAUAAAGUUUUCAAGAACAA